UAACAGAAUAAAAGAGAAAUGUCUUGAUAAACAACGGGCUUUUUCAGGGAGUUUCGGGCUCCCCUCCCAAUGGAAAAGUGAAAAACUGGUCAAAAAAUAGGAAGUCGGCGAGAAGAAAAUGAAGGAGACGGUUUGUUAGUUUUUCCUCUAAAAUCGGGCGAUAAAGAACAAAGAAAAUGGACAGCACGGAAUACGAACUGGUGAGGAAUAUGACUCUUCUAUUUUUCUUCGAGAAAUUAAUGGACAAAGGCGGCCCGAGGACGCUGCACGACUUGAGCUGUCAGUUCGGGGCCAGGGGAUUCACAAAAGAGAUGAGACAAAUCGCGGGUGGGUCCCAGUCCGGCCUCAAAAAGUUUCUUUCCCAACACCCUUCCUUGUUCACUGUCGAGGGUGAUGUCGUUUACAUAAAUUCCUACAGCUUUUCAGCCGACACGACUGACCCCGGCCAGCCCGGCAAGAGGGAUUACGCCAAAGAAGCCGUUGAGUACUUUUCUAACAAGCUGAGACAGUACGGCGAAGGGACCGAAGUUCCCAUAAUGAGUCUGUUAGGGCACAGGUCUCAGGCUUCACCAGUCGUCAGGCAUAUAUCCGGGCAACAUAUCAAAGAGUUCAGAGACUUCCUGUGCCGCUACCCGGAGAGCUUUAUCGUCACGGAGGAUACCGUCAUGCUGAAAGAGUACGAGGGCAAAGAGCCGAGGCCUUUUCACGAAUUGAAGGAGGAGAAGGUUGACUCGGCGACGACGUCCAGACUUGUUGCUUUCUUCAAGCAGUGUAUAGAUAUGAAAGGUCCCUUAAUCGUUGACCAGUUGUUCCAUCACGUUGAGACUUUUUUCCAGGAGGAGGUCUGGUCGGCUCAGUUCAAAACACCCCAGGACCUGUCGACCUUCUUAAAAAUGCAUUCGAACCUGUUCAAUGUGCAGUCGAAUCUUGUCACGAACAUCUGCCAGCCUAAGAAUCUGGAUUGUACCUUAAACGCAAAAAAGGAGGCUAACAACAACGACAACAAUGUAAACAAUAACCAACUACCACUGAGUCCUCCUUCACCCAAGGAGGUCACCAACCACCUGAAGAACAUGUCAUUAAAGCAACGCGUCAACAGCCUUGUCAUGAAGACACUAGCAGAUAAUACGGAGAAAGACAGGAAUCUAGCGGCGAUGUCUGUCAAUGGGGAGAAUUGGAAAGCUAAAGUGUUACAGAACACCAAAGUGAUAGCGAACGUCAAAGAGUGUAGCAAUCUUGUCGACGAAUUGAUGAACAGCGGGGAGGCCAUAUCGUUCGACUGCGAAGGGAUCAAUUUGGGAACAAAGGGACAGUUGACUUUGUUCCAGAUCGGCGAUGCUCUUGGACAUGCGUAUAUUUUUGAUCUUGUCACCUGUCCCAAUCUCGUUGAAGCUGGUGGUUUAAAGAAACUCCUCUUGUCUCAGAAAAUCGUUAAGGUCAUCCAUGACUGCAGGAAUGACAGUGUCAAUCUUUACAACCAAUAUGGCAUUAUCCUUCAAAAUGUUUUUGAUACACAGGCCGCUCAUGCUGUCAUUCAGCUCCAACUGACUGGAAAACCAGUUUAUAAAGUAAAGAAUGUAAGCUUAAAUGCUUUAUAUGAACUUUAUGGUGCUCCGAUCAACCCACAAAAAGAGGCAUUGAAGGUGUUGUACCGGAGGGACCAAAGAUUCUGGGCCCGGAGGCCACUGACGAUGGACAUGCUCUUAUAUGCAGCCGCCGACGUCUUGUCCCUAGUGCCCCAUGUCUAUACGUCAAUGCUCAAAGGUUUGCGAAAGGACCUCGAACCCCUGCUCUGGAAGCUAUCGGAGGAACAGGUCCUGAUGCACAUCCGUCCCAACGAGGUAAAAGAGAACAAAAAACAGAGGAAGGUCGAGAGCGAGAUAUCUGACCUUAGGGCCAAGCUGGCCUCUUCGGGUCAGACCGGCAGGAGUAUUGUACUUAGCAACAGGGAAAUCCGUCUACUCAAGUGUAUUGAUUUGACUGUUGAAGAAAAAGACAAGUUAAAGUGGUCUAAUAAAGUUGCUAGAAAACUAGAAAAAUUAGAGUGCAAAAACAGGGAAGGUGAAAAUGAAAUGCUAAGCCUUGAUAGUAUAAAUAGUGAAAAGUCCACAUCGUCUGAAAAUUCUCUCUCAGGUGAACCGAAAAGUUUAACCGAGUCGAUGCAGUUGAUGGAUGAGCUCCUUUCCGACCCGGCGAUUGACAGACUGGAUAAAAUCGAAAGGCUGGAGGCACUGUUGACCAGUGCAGUGAGUGCCAAUUUAAGUGAUUUAGGAAACAGCUGCCACUGUUCGUGUCAUUCGAGUGUUCUCACUUCAUCCGUGGCAUGUCAGACGCUGUCAACAGGUGAUAUUGUGAUCACAAACGUCUUCUGUAAUGAUGAAGAGAAAAAUUCUAGGUCAAACGAAAGCCUGGUCUCUCAUUAGUAGCUCGACACUCGGAACUCCCACAGUCUUUAUUUAUUUUAUUGCGUUAUUUUAUUUUCUCGUCUAUAAUUAAUUUAUAGACUUGCAAAUAUGUUAUCUUUUACAGCUUUUUAACAAUUCGCAUUGCACAAAGUAAUAAAUAGUUAUUUUUAACUUGAAAAAAAGUUUUAUUACUUUGUGUUGAAAUGUUAGUUUAGGACGGGACCAAAGAUUAACUAAAGAUAUCAUAUGCUCAAUUAACUAAGAGUACAAUUUUAACACUUGUUUUUUAAAGACCUAAAACACACUAGAUUCAUUAAUUCUAGAAAUAAUUUGCACCUAAUUGAACUCUUAGAUUUUAUUAGACUGGAAAUUACUUUGGUCCCAGAAGUAAAUACAACUGCCACAUGACUCUUCUAGUGCCUAAACUGUUUUCCAGCAAUAAUGUAAUUUAGAUAAAAUGUAGUGCUUCCGUGUAUAUUUUUCCAGAGAGUAAAUGUACGUUUUUCUAUAGUAAUUCAUUGAAAAUUUUAAAGAAAAAUUUGUUGAAAGUUAAAAUUUUAUUUAUUAAAAACUUUAUUAUAAUUUGUCCUUUAUGAUGUUAAAAGGUGUAUGAAGUAAAAAAAUAUAUAUAUCAAAAUAUUUAAUUUUUUUGUCUUUUAAAGUUUAUUCUCCAUUAUUUAUGGGGUCUCGACUCACAUUUAUAGGAUCAUAUUCCAUCCAUAUGUUUAGUUUUAGAGAGUCCCUGUGGAUAUUGGUGAUCAAAAUUUGUUUAUAGCAUUUUUAUGAGAGGGUUAAAAAAAUAUUUCACCCCCUAGUUUUUUAAUGAUAUAGAAAAAAGAAAGAUCUAAUAAAAAUUAAUUCACCUUAAUUUAUUAAUUUAAUUAUAAAUUGUUUUAAAAUAUAAGGAUACUUAUUAGAAUUGUAACCUGACAAUAUUGAAUAUAUCGAAACUAUAUUUAUGUAAUUAACAUUUUGAAAGCUACUUUGUACUUCAUGUUGAAAAAUUGUUAACCUUACUACUUAUUGUUUGCAGUAAGAACAAAUUUAUUGUUUAAAAAAAGUAACAAAGAGCAGUAAUGAAUUUAUAUAAGAAACCUUGAUAGAAAAAAUUGUCAUAAUUUUCUAAUUUAAGCUAACAUAAAAACUAAAUGUGCAAUUUGUACUUACAGCAAUACAUAAUUUAUGAACUUUUCUUUGAAUAUCGAUUGUCGAACACAAAUUAAUCACAAUUAUUUUGAAAGAAAAGGAAACAUUGUGAUACGUAUUUAUAUUUUUUAAAUUUGUCACAAAAAUUGAAUAAAAUGCGCUUGGAAUGUUGUUCUGCCUUGUAAUAUUAUGGUAGUUGUUAGUAUCAAUUGAAAUUCAAGGGCACAGGCAGCACUAAUUUAUUUAUUAAUCUUUUCCCUCCAUAUUUUAUUUACCUGUUAUUUUCAUCAAGUUAUCAUUGUGAAAGUACCGUUAUAAAAUGGUUGUAUUGCAAUUUUUUUUUGUAGUAUUACUAAUUGUUUUUAUUUGGUGACUAACCAGAAAAAGUGUAAAUGGUUGUUAAUAAAAUAUCGUUUGGUAAA